GAAACUUAGAUACCAAAAAUUCCACAAAUUCACAAAGCAACGAAUGCAAAGACAGUUCGGACGACAAAAAAAAGCCGCACAUCAAGAAACCGCUGAACGCUUUUAUGCUUUACAUGAAGGAGAUGCGCGCGAAAGUCGUUGCGGAGUGCACGCUCAAGGAAUCUGCAGCUAUAAAUCAAAUAUUGGGUAGAAGAUGGCAUGAACUGACCCGAGAAGAGCAAAGUAAAUACUACGAAAAAGCGCGCCAAGAACGUCAGUUGCAUAUGGAAUUGUACCCAGGGUGGAGUGCACGAGACAACUAUGGUUAUGUGUCGAAAAAGAAAAAGCGUAAAAAAGACAGAUCGCCCGCGGAUUCGGGAGGUAUUGCACAGAAUUUUUAUAAAUAUUUUGUUGCUUUU